GGAAGUGGGUGCGAGCCGUCCUCUCCAUCUCCGCCCGCCGGAGCAGAGCGGGAGCCGGCGCGGGACCCAGGCGAGCCUGAACCGAGCCUGAACCGUGGCAGGACCACACUCAGGGGCAGCAGCUCCAGCUCCUGCUCUCCAGUCGUCCCGAGGGGAAGACGCAGUCUCCGUCCCCCGUCACGUGGAUGGGAGCAGCCCUCAGCUGUGGAGAAGGAUGCGGCCAUGUCACUACAUGACCCCUCCUGCAUCAAACCAGAGCCACCUCCAGACACAUGCCCCAGUGGCUCAGUCUCUACGCAAAACCUGGAGAGUGGAGACCUCCUCCAACCUGGGAGGAAGCCGGCUCUGCAGGGGGAAAUCUAAGGAUGGUACUUUAAACCACCAACUUGCCCUCUUCUCCAUUCACCCAGGCCCAGCACUUCCUAGGCGCCUGCUUUCUUACUUUCUAGAAAAACAGCACUGACUGCCCACAUUUGGACACUUUCCCUUGGUUCUGCUGGGCAGCCUGGAGCCCAGGGGUUGAUGUCAUUGACACACUGGGAGCUGGACGAGAAGCAGCCAGGGGCGGUGGGCAGAGGCAGGAGCCCCGGGCUCCCAGGAUGGCGUCCAACAACACGGCCUCUUGCCUGGACUCUGCCGCAUUCAAGGCCACGGUGGGUGCAGUGCUCACGGUCCUCAUCGUCAUCACCGUCGCCGGCAACGUGGUGGUGUGCCUGGCCGUGGGCCUGACCCGCCGGCUCCGCAGCCUGACCAACUGCUUCAUCGUGUCCUUGGCCGUCACCGACCUGCUGCUUGGCCUCCUGGUGCUGCCCUUCUCAGCCUUCUACCAGCUGUCGUGCAGGUGGAGCUUCGGCAGGGUCUUCUGCAACAUCUACACCAGCCUGGACGUGAUGCUCUGCACGGCCUCCAUCCUCAACCUCUUCAUGAUAAGCCUGGACCGCUACUGCGCCGUCACGGACCCCCUCCGCUACCCCAUGCUGGUCACCCCCGCCCGCGUCGCCGUCUCCCUGGUCUUAAUUUGGGUCGUGUCCGUCACCCUGUCCUUCCUGUCUAUCCACCUGGGGUGGAACAGCAGGAGCGACACCAGUGUCGUCAACCACACCACCCUGCACUGCAAAGUCCAGGUCAACCUGGUGUACGGCUUGGUGGACGGGCUGGUCACCUUCUACCUGCCGCUGCUGGUCAUGUGCGUCACCUACUACCGCAUCUUCAAGAUCGCCCGGGACCAGGCCAAGAGGAUCCACCUCGUCAGCUCCUGGAAGGCGGCCACCUUCCAGGAGCACAAAGCCACCGUGACGCUGGCCGCCGUGAUGGGGGCCUUCGUCGUCUGCUGGUUCCCCUACUUCACCGUGUUUGUGUACCGGGGGCUGCGCGGGGACGACAGCGUCAACAGGGCCUUCGAAGCCGUCGUGCUGUGGCUGGGCUACGCCAACUCGGCCCUGAACCCCAUCCUGUACGCCGCCCUGAACAGGGACUUCCGCCUGGCCUACCAGCAGCUGCUCCCCUGCAGGGCCCCCGGCCGCCACGCUCACCAAACGUUUCUCAGGUCCAACAGCUGCCGGCUCUCCAGGACUCAAAGCCGAGAAGCCACGCGGCAGGAAGAGAAGUCCGUGAAGCUCCAGGUGUGGAGUGGGAGAGAGGGCACAGCACCCCGGGGAGCCAUCGACAGGAAGCCAGCCCUGUCCUGCACCAUGUGCUCCGGCAACCUUCUGAGCUGCUGCAAGAGUCUGUGGGGCCUUCGGUUCCUCCAGAGACACGUGGGAGGCCCCUCGGAGGAGCAGCCAAGGGAACUGCUGGCCAAGGGGCCACGGAGGACACCGCCUGAGGAAGCGGUGAGGACACUGCCCUCCCAGGCUGUCUAGACCCAGCCCCAGGACACUGAAGAUACAGUUCUCAGUCACCAAGAUUUGACUCCUGGAGCCACUAAGGACCCAGCAGCCCCCAAAGCCACCGAAGAUGCACCCUAGCCUGUGUCUGGGGAACUCCCAGACUCACAGCAGGGGGGUGGGGUGCUCGGGCCUCCGGUGGAACAGCCUGUCUGUGCUCAGCGUUCCCAGACAGGUGCCAGGACUCCCCGGGGUCGCAAGCUCACACUCGUGCUGGCCCUGAGUCGUGAGCAGAGACAGCGGGACAUUCGGGAUAUGUGCACGUGUGCGUGGGUGUGUACGUGCAGGAGCACGCGUGCCCUCUGAGCAUAGCAGACGGUGUUGCCAUAAAGUGUUAGCCUCUCAUUCCCUCGUGGGUUCUGCAGAUUAAGGACAAGAAAAAAGGAAGAGAAAGGGAAGGGAAGGGAAAGAAAGGAAAGGAGCCUUUAAUGAACACCUACUGUGUGUGAGGUACCUCACCAGCAUGAACUCCCAUAACCCGUAUCACAUGUGACAAGGAUUACGGUCGCAACUGUAGAGGUGGAAACUGAGGUUCAGGGAAGUACGGGGCCUGCUCAGGCCACUCAGCUAGAAUGUGUGCCCGGCUCAUAGGAGGCGCUCGAAAAGUAGCUGUUGAAUGAAUGAAUGAAUGAACGAAUGAAUGAACAAACGGGAGGAUGAGUGAAAAGCCAGGCCUCCAGCCCAUGCUCUUGACACGAUAGUAUGUUGCCUCUCAGGAGAGGGGUCCCUGAGGCUCAGACCCGCAGCCUGGGGUGGGGGGGGCCUCAUGCUGCUUUUCAACAAGAAGUGGUGUGGACUGGACUUGCUGGGGAAAGUGUACGGGGCGUCAGGGAUGGGGAGGUGGACGGUUGGGGGACACAGUAGCUGUGAGUGGGGGAGUGGACCCCACGGCCCCCUUUGCUGGAUGUGUGACCUUGGCUGAGUCAGGAGACCACCCUGAGCGGCUCUUUACUCCUCUGUCCUAGUCAUGGGGUGUUGCAGAGACCUCAGGAGGUGGGGGUGGUGAGGGUGUCCAUGGACUCUCCUCUCCGGCCACGGCCCCUCCCUGAGCCCUCUCUUCCCCUCGUUCCAAGGCCCCUUCUGGGGUCCUCUUCCCUGCCCACCCAUGCCUUUUCAGUCCCUCUGGCCCCCAGCUCCCCGGCCGUCAGUGUGGCUGUUCCCCGAGCCUUUUCUUCUCACUGUGGUUUCGUCCCCUCUGCGACCUCACCCGCACCUUCGACACUGAAGUUCCCUGGAGACUUAUCUCAGGAGAUUGGUCACAGAUUUGUCGCUGGGGCCCAGGCUCCUUCUGGGAGCUUUCCGCCCACUGCUGCCUACACAGUGCCCUCAUCUGGGGGUGCGAACGAAGGCACCUCACCUCUGGCAUGACCGCGACUGCCCCUGGACCUCGUCCCUGCACCUGCUUCUCUCCCAGGAUGCCCUUCUCAGAGACAAGCCUGCUCCUGGCUUCCAAGGCCGAGGGUCAGUCGGGGCGUUCUCUCCACCUGCCCUGUUGUCACUCCGUCCUACUGCCCUCCCCUCGGUCAGGACCAUGGAGACGGCCCUCCGCACUCCCCACUCACUUCCCUCCAGCCCACGGUGGGCUGUGCAAAGGGCAAACCUGCUCAUGUCACACGAGGAAACCUUCCUGGCACGGUCCCUGGUUUGUUUGGCUGCUUCAUCUUGCUGCUCCUUCCAGCGACCAGGCCAUGCACAGAGUUGUGUCCCUGACUUGCAAUGCUCUUCCUACCCUUUCGCCACAGGAUCUGUGCUGAAAGAGCACUUCUUGAGGAAGUCUUCCCUGGCCCUCCCUGUUAGGCCCGGCCCCUGACACCCACCCCCCUCCCCCCCAGAGCUCUCCUCGGAAGCCGUGGGCAGGGUAAUCCAUAGCCACCUGUGAUUUCCGGGCCCCCGUCUGUCGCCCCCACUCAGGAGGUCAUGGAUCCAGCCUGACUGUUGACCACUGUCUAACCCCUAGAAGACCAUCUAGCACACAAUAGGAGCUUUAAGCAGCUUCUCUGCCAAUACACCCGAAGGCAUGAUUUGCCCUGAUGGCCCCAGAGGUACUCAGUCUCUUGGCGGGGCUCCUCCUGGAAGCCCAGAAUCUCCUCCUCGGAAGUUUUCCCAGGAGUCUGAGGCAGGCGAGUGUCUAAGUCAUGGCCAAGUAGGUGGACGCACAAGACUGGCCUGGCUGAUCACAGAUUCAGAUGGUCAGGGCUGAGGGCAAAGUGCCACACGCCGCCUGCCACUGCAGCAGCUCCUUCAGUUCUCUUUCCUGUCCCUGCCCUUCUGGGGGCCCCCUGAAACCUCUGUAGGCUGCGAAAAUGGGGCACAGGCUGCCUAGAGGAGGAGCAUCUGUGGUGAGCCCCCAAGACCACGUUCCGUGUUCCAAUAAAGCUAUCA